CUGGGAGGUUUUAGGAUUCCUCUCAGCUCUGUUGUGUCCGCUGUGGUGGUCUGGACUGUGUCGUCCUCAUAUGUCUGUAAGAGAUUUACCGAGUAAUUCCUGCCAGAGUUGUUUGCCCAAAACUCUCCAUCUGGCGUCUCAUAGCGCACAACAAAAUCAAUCCGCGCUCCGUUGAACAGGUACGGUGAAGCUUAGGCCAGUUUCACGGAGAAGUUGUCCGUUUCGCCUUCGUUGGAGCCCUGGACGUACUCGGCUGGGUAAUCAAAGUGAUUGAUCCAACCAUCCAUCGUGGACCGGGCAUAGACUGAUUUGUGAAAAGAAAUGUUGAGCACACGAAUAAGCACCUCGAAUGACAGAGGCUCGUCUGGCACAGAUGUCACGCUCUCCACUUCCAGCUUGUUGACGUGGACAGCGAGCAGGAGCUCCGUUCCGGUGAGCGGCUGGAACUCCGGCCACACGCGGAAUGUUUCAAAAUGGUGCUGGAACAGACAGAGGUGGAGAUAACCGGAGUAGUCACCAAAAUCAGUACCAAGAGGAAGACAGCUCUACCUUUUACAGUGUACAGAUGAAGGCCAGAGGAAUCAGUUCAUCUCUGAUCUCAGCUAAACCCAUAGCUAGCAAGGUAUCUGUUGACUUGGACAGUGAUUUCAGAGGUUCUGGCUCAUCUCACAUUCAAAAUUCCACUCUAAAACAGCAGAGUGCCAGUGAAAAUACAAGCAAAUAUUUUCGACAGGACAGACCAUCAGUACUACGCAAAGGCAACCAGCCAUUCCCACAAGCAUUUGGUGUUCAUGACUGGGUUGUGGACACUGUGUGUAAGACAGAACCUGGCAGUGACCUGUCAGACCCUGUGCCACUUUACAACAGCCAGUCUGAAAGCAGACUCAGUGCCUCUAUGUCAAGCCCUCAACCUGGCAGCACAGAGCAUACUGGGAAACAUGCAUAUAGUGUUCCAGGUGGCUUUCUGUGUGUUAAAGGACAAUGCAGAUGGCCUGGGUGCUCAAAGAGCAGAGAAGUGUUCAAAGAAUAUGGACAUUUCUUAAAACACCUUUCUACUGACCAUGCUCCUGGGGACAGAAGUAUAGCCCAGCUGAGGAUGCAGAAAGACAAAGUACAAUACAUGGAGAAUCAGUUGACUGCAGAGAGACAGAAACUGCAGGCUAUGCAGCUACACCUGUUUGAUGUCAAAUCUACCUCUGAGGAUGGUAAUGGGGUGGAGAACCCGGGACAUCUGUCAGGACUCCUGCAGCCUGCAGCAUUUCAGAACGCAAAUGGUGUUUAUGACAGUGAGAGAGCAGCAGCUGAAGCGUUAACACAAGGAUUCUGGCAGAUCUCUACCUCACAAGUUAUACCAGGGAUUAUCCCCAGUUUUGAGUAUUAUAAGUUCACAAACAUUAGGCCACCUUUCACCUAUGCCUCCAUGAUACGAUGGGCGAUCCUGGAGUCCCCUGAGAAGCAGCUUACUCUGAAUGAAAUCUAUCAUUGGUUUACCCGCAUGUUUUUCUACUUUCGUCACAACACUGCCACAUGGAAGAAUGCUGUUCGGCAUAACCUCAGUCUUCAUAAGUGCUUUGUGCGCGUUGAAGGCAGGAAAGGUUCUGUUUGGACUGUGGAUGAAGAGGAAUUUCUAAGAAGAAAAGGACAAAAGUUUCACAGGGACCAGGAUAUGGGCUGGAUGACACCUUUUCACCUGUUUCCUGUGACUCCACAAAGUGAAACUUAUCAGAAGUAAGGCUCAAAUGGACUCUCAUUAAGAGAUUGCAACAACAUUUCAAC